AUGCUGUUAAAGCAUUCGUUGCUAACGCAUAGAUCCAACUUCAGAUUUUCCCGAGAAACUCGCAUUUUCCGGGGAAGAAACUCCACGAAUUCCUACAUGGCGCCUCCAAUCCUCUCCAUCGCCCUUCCCUCCGACACCGGUCGAGUUCUCAGCAUUCAAUCUCACACCGUUCAGGGGUAUGUUGGCAAUAAAUCAGCUGUCUUCCCCCUGCAACUACUGGGCUACGAUGUGGAUCCAAUUAAUUCCGUGCAGUUUUCAAACCAUACAGGAUAUCCGUCGUUUAAGGGCCAGGUUUUGAAUGGACAGCAACUCUGGGAGCUAAUAGAAGGCCUUGAAGGAAAUGAAUUGUUGUUCUAUACUCACUUGUUAACAGGUUAUAUCGGUUCAGAGUCUUUUCUAAACACUGUAUUGCAGGUCGUCAACAAACUUCGGUCAAUAAACCCAGGGCUUACAUAUGUAUGUGAUCCAGUGAUGGGUGAUGAAGGAAAGCUUUAUGUUCCCAAAGAGCUAGUCUCAGUCUAUCGUGAGAAGGUUGUUCCAGUAGCUUCAAUGUUGACCCCCAACCAGUUUGAGGCAGAACUACUGACAGGUUUCAGGAUUCAGUCAGAAGAACAUGGUCGAGAGGCCUGUAGGCUUCUCCAUGCAGCUGGGCCUUCAAAGGUCAUAAUUACAAGUAUAAAUAUUGACGGGAAUCUUCUUCUCAUUGGCAGUCAUCAAAAAGAAAAGGGAACAGGAGAUCUCAUGACUGCACUUCUUCUUGCAGUGCGUCGUGACUGGCUCCAAAAACGCUAUAGGGAGAUAGCAAAUAACAGCAGCUCAGCCAUCAUGCCCGCCAUUCAACCCGUCUUUGGGUCUGCUACAUUAAACUGUUCCGCAACAGCAGCUCCUGUAGCGGGCAGGACACCCUAUGAGACAAUCUUGAGGUUGCAGCAGAACUUGCAGUUUCAAGCUUGCAGUUUUGGAUUAGUAAACUAUCAUUCAGAUAAUGAACAGAUCAAGGUUCACCAAUAUGUGCAGGCAGUUUUGCACAGGACGCUCAGUGACUACAAAAGCGCGGGACAUGAUUCCGAGUCAACCAGUUUAGAGAUCAGAUUAAUUCAAAUUCUCCUCUCUCUUGCUGUGAUCAUGGGUUGCUGCUUUAGUGCUCCUCCAAAGAUCAAAGCCGAGAGCCCUCCACGUAAUGGUUUGAAUUCAUGGGAUGGUUGCAAAGAAGAUAAUGAUUUGAGUGGUUUAAGCGGCAAGGUGUCUUCAUCUAUGCUUGUAACUCCUCAGAGUGAGGUUGAGAUAUUGGAGGCCAGCAAUUUGAAGAACUUCGCAUUCAAUGAGCUAAGAACUGCUACCAGGAACUUUCGUCCAGAUAGUUUGGUGGGUGAAGGUGGCUUUGGUUGCGUGUUUAAAGGGUGGAUUGAUGAGCAGACACUUGCCCCUACUAAAGCAGGGACAGGAAUGGUCAUUGCUGUGAAGAGGCUUAACCAAGAAAGCAACCAGGGACACACUGAAUGGUUGACAGAAAUUAACUACCUGGGACAGCUGAGUCAUCCUAAUCUUGUGAAGCUAAUUGGUUACUCCUUAGAGGAUGAUCACCGGAUUCUGGUGUAUGAAUUUGUGGCCAAGGGUAGCUUGGAUAAUCACCUGUUUAGGAGGGCUUCUUACAUUCAACCACUCUCUUGGAACAUCCGUAUGAAGAUUGCUCUUGAUGCCGCUAAAGGUCUUGCAUUUCUUCACAGUGAUGAAGUAGAUGUAAUAUAUAGGGACUUCAAAACUUCUAAUAUCUUACUUGAUUCUAAUUAUAACGCAAAACUCUCUGAUUUUGGGUUGGCAAAAAAUGGACCAGAAGGUGAUAAGAGCCAUGUUUCUACAAGGGUAAUGGGCACCUUCGGCUACGCAGCUCCUGAGUAUAUUGCCACAGGUCACCUAACCAAAAAGAGUGACAUAUACAGUUUUGGAGUUGUUCUUCUGGAACUUAUGUCAGGAAAACGUGCACUGGAUAACAACAGGCCAAAUGGGGAACAUAAUUUAGUUGAAUGGGCCAAACCACUCCUCAUAAACAAACACAAGAUCUCCCAAGUCAUGGAUGCACGCAUAGAAGGCCAAUAUUCAAAGCAAGAAGCAAAGAGAAUAGCUCACAUUGCAAUUCAAUGCUUAUCGACAGAACAAAAAGUUAGACCAAACAUAGAUUAUGUGGUGAGAUCAUUGGAACAUCUUCAGGACUCCAUUGACACACAAGUAAAUGGCCAUUGCUCAAGCAGCAGUGGUACUCCUAAUCCAAGUUUGUCUCCUUCUCCUCUUCGUACAUAG